ACAACACACAAUCCCAUUGCCUCUUCCUUAAGCAAACAUUUUCCCAUUCCAAAAACCAUACAUACAUUCAUUCCAUUUCUAUUUACGUAUCUUAAUUCAUUCCGUUAAUCAAAUGUCACAGAAGCCAUCCCGUCGUACAAUUUCAGUUAAUAGGAGAAUCAAACCUCCUCAUCCGUCAUCAUCCACUCCCAGACUUAACCAACAAGUUGUUGUUCGACGAUCAUCGAACAAGCAAUCCAAACUCAUUAAGCGAUGCAACUCUGAGUCUGCUUUGUUGACAUCCCGAAUCUCCAUCGCUGGUGCUGGUCUUGGAGACGAUCAGCGCUACACGACCGCGCCAAGUGAGAGUUGCCUGAUGUUUAGGAGUCGGAUUUCGACGAAUAUAUUCGCGUCGUCUCCAGAGUUGCUGCCGAAUUUUCCUGAAAAAAAUGAGGGCUACAACAAAGAAGCAAAAGUCGCGAUCAAGGUAACGGUUGAGGGAAGGGUUGGACCGAUCCGAGCUUUGGUAAAGUUGGGUUCUAGUGUUGAUGAGACAAUAAAGCUUGUUAUGAACAAAUACAAUGAAGAAAGGAGGUUCCCUAGACUUGAUCAAGAUGACAUGACUUCCUUUGAGCUACACGACUCAUACUUUAGUCUUCAAUGUUUCGAUAAAUCAAAUAUGAUUGGCGAAAUUGGGAGUAGAAGUUUCUAUAUGCGUAAAAGUGUCAGCAACAAUGGAGACAUGUCUUCUAACACCUCUAAUGGUUCUGAGAUUGUUGUGGCCGAGGCAGAGGAAGCUCCAUAUGCAAGUUCAAGUAUUUUCUUUACAAGUUUUAUACAUGAAGGAUUAAGAAAAGUGAUAAAAAGAAUGUGUAAGAUUCGGAGGUUCUUGGGAUGUUUUGGUGGGUGAUUUUAAAGCCAUGCCUAAAACAAUCAUAUGAAGACAACUGUAUGUGCAUGAGUAUAUAAACAUUCGUAUACAUACAAUUGAUGAAUAGUUUACAUAUAUGUACAAUAAAUCAUGAUUGUAAGUGGAAUUGUUUAUAUUUUGUUAACCAAAUAAGGUAAUGUGUUA